UUUUCCCCACGUCCUCCUGCUAGUACUUCGUGCCAACAGCACCGUCACUCCCGCUCUUCCCACGCGCCACGUAAAACAGCACCGCCACUCCCACUCUCAGUAGGAGACAAUCACGAUCGGAUUCAAGCGUUUGGACGAGCUCGUGACGAAAGCAGCGGGGCACGCGGCGGGGUGCGAGGUUCAAUGCGUGGAGGUCAAGUCACGGCAACGAACACAGCAGAAGGCCAGCGAGUCCUAUGGUGGAGACGUCCGAAAGGUUACUGACAUGGCUAGGGUGGCUGUAAUCUGUGACACACCGCAGGCCUUGAGAGAUGUGUACUCGGCCAUGCGGGGGUUUCUACAGGAAGAUGUUCCGAGGGUGAAAAAUGGCUUCAGCUACGACUGGAUGCCCAAUGGUUAUCGGGAUGUAAAGGUGAACCCCGUCGUAAACGGUCACCUUUGUGAGAUUCAGCUGCAGCUCCGCGAGUUCUUCACAUUGAAACACGGCCAACACUCCGUUUAUAAGUGGGCGCGGGAGCUCAACGUAUCCACGGAGGUGGAGCCCGAAUACUUGCUCGAAAAUCUGUCUGGCGAGGUUAUGGAGGAGAUGGUCCGCCUAGCUCAGCGUGACUGGCAUGGAACUGGGUACUGCCUGACGGACUUGCAGGUCGCUGCCGGACAGUUCGAUGAGGCCGAGACGGGCAUCAGACAGGAAAUCUCCGAGGUCGAGGACGAGCUACGGGAUCGGAGGGAAGACAACCAUAAACCAAGACAGGCAUUGCUCCGCGCCUCUGCAGCCAGGGUUAACCUGGGCGUUGUUUUUGAGAACCAGGACAAGUUCGACGAGGCUGAGGCACUAUUCAGAAGCUCAUUGGCUAUCGACGAGGAGAUCUACGGUCCGGACCACCCAGACGUCGCUACAGUUCUUGGCAACCUCGCUGUUGUACUGAUGGCUCAGGGCAACUACACCGAGGCUGAGCGUAUUAGUGAGCGAUGUCAAGCAAUAACGGAGAAAGCCCUUGGCCCGAAGCACCCAAGUUUGGCUACAGUGCUCAACAACCGGGCGGAGUUGUUGGGAAAUCAGACCAAGCUUGAUGAGGCCUUAGAGAUGAGGCAGAAGGCUCUAGCUAUUGAAGAGCGCGUGUACCCCGCAUGCCACCCCCGGAUAGGUCAGUCGCUCAACAACCUCGCGGGAAUGUUGGAAAGCAAGGGCAAGUACGGCGAGGCGGAACUGUUGUACGUGAGAGCUGUCGAUAUAGGAGAGAAAGCAAUGGGUCCAGAGCAUGCAGAUCUUGCCGUGUCGCUCAGCAACUUGGCGGGGGUGUUGAGCACGCAGGGAAAGUACGCCGACGCGCAGCGGUUGUUGGAGAGAGCCCUGGCAAUCGAAGAAGCCGCUUUGGGGGCAAAGCACACGAGGACGAUCACGUCUCGCGAGUGUAUGGCGGACCUGUAUCAGCAACAGGGGUUCUUCGACAAGGCUUCUCGUCUGAUGGAGGAGGUUGUCACGGCUCGUGAGGAUGUUUUAGGAUGUGACCACCCAGAUUUCGCUUUAGCGCUCCACAACCAGGCGGGUUUGUUGAAAGAGCAGGCCAAGUACGCCGAGGCGGAGCCACUGUGCAAGCGCUCGUUGGCUAUCUUUGAAAACGUUCACGGUCCUGAUCACUCGGAUGUUGCUUCAGUCCUCAACAGCUGGGGGGCGGUGUUGGAGGAUCAGGGCAAGUAUGAGGAGGCCCGGCGGCUGUAUGAGCGUUCCCUCGACAUUCGUGAGAAGGUGCUAGGCCCUGAGCACCCGGACGUGGGUACGUCGCUCAACAACCUGGCGCACUUGUUCAAGGGUCAGGGAAAGUACGACGCGGCCGACGCGCUCUAUGAGCGGUGCGAACGAAUCGACAAGGUUCUCGGCCCUGAACACCCAGAUGUGGCCAAAACGCUCAACAACCGGGCGGAGUUGUCGAGAGAGCAGGCUUGCUGA